AUGAAAAUCCAUACCCAUCCGUUCUAUGCACGCAAUAGUUCUUCUGGUAUAUCCAUAGAGUCGACGUCCUAUUGCUCUCUAAAUGACACUCGUGGAAUAUCAAUAUUUCACACAAAGAAGUAUGGUUCAUAUCAUAGUACUCCUGGCACCAUAGAAUGCUCAUCUAGACACAGCAUUCCAUACAUAACCAUAAUAAUCUUCAAAAGAUGGAGCAUUGAACAGGUCUAUGCAGUUUACACCAUA